AUGGACCCAUUAAUCGAGUUAAAGAUAAAGAAAGAGAUUUACGACUAUAUCACCUUCCGUCUGGAAUGCCUGCAAAAUGCUGACCAAGCGGCUCAAGACAUCAUCAGGAAGGCGGACGGGAAGACUAACAUCAAACUGGCUGUCAAUAUUUUGGCAGAGGAGAUGGUAAAAGAGGAAACGCCAGAAAAAACCAGAGUCCAAGCCAGCUCCGUUCUUUUAGCUCUGGGAAACUCUCACUUCAACGACGUGAUGUACGAGCUUCAAAGGAAUGUCAGGGCUGGGCCCGUCCCUCACCACAUGGUGUUUAAGACCCUGGGCAACCUGGCUUCUCACUAUGCCCUGAAGUGUAUCCCAUUCUUGUCUCUGACCUUUCUAUAUAUAAGAGUGAUGAUACGGCUGCCCAUAAUAAGCCACAUGAAAGAAGAGAUAUGUUAUGUUAUGGAAAAUUUCUGUGCAGCGAUAAACUAUUACUACAAAAACUGGAGAGUCUGUUCAUUCCCAAGAGAGGCUGAAUCCCAGCUUUGUAGUCCUGUCAUUCCCAUCUAUCACUGCCUGGUCAGUGACUGGCUGAACGACGAGGAAAUGAAAGUUAAGGAGGCAUCGGUGAAAGCCCAGUGGCCCAUGUUGGGGGUUCUUGUUCGCCGUAGGGAGCAGCAAGAGGAAAUAAUCAGGACGCUCCCAAAGGUCCUCUUAGAGAGCAAGAUCCUCGACUCCUACUUUGUCGCCAAAAGGCUUGGCUUUUUCUUGGACGUCUGUGAAGACUGUAAACCUCCAAUACCGAAGAAGACAUUCCAGGCCCUUUGUGACUUUGUAUUCCAGCAGGUUCUUCCACUUGAUACCACAGUACAACGAUUAAAGAAGCCCCAGAAGACUGUGGAUAGGUUCACAUACCAGAGUUGGAAACCAGAAAUCGAAGAGACCUCAGUGGAAAGGCAGGUCCACCUAGCAGAAUCAGCUACCUCUGACCAGUGCGGUUAUGAACACCAGCGGCAGCUGUCCAGUGAUCAACGCCACUUGCUUAUGGAGGCAUUCAGCCACUUAGUCUGCUGGUGCCCCACGGAUGCACUGGACUUCUUGCAAAAUCAGAUGAAGGACGCUGCCGAACACACCCGCGUGGGAGUCUUAAACAAUCUCAGAAUGAUUGUUGGCAGUGAUCAGACAGGCAAGACAGGAAAUAGGAAGCGCCCCAUUGUGGAAGCGGUCAAGUGUCUCCUGGAUGACCGCCGUGAAACGGUGAGAAAAGCAAUCCUGGGCUUCAUUAAAGAGCUCCUUCGCUCCCAGAGUGUCGAGGGCUGUGCCGUGUGGGACAUGGUUGCCUACGUCUUCCAGCAGUUCAACGUGUCGGUCAGCCAACAGGGGAAAGACUUCGUUGCUGACCAGAAAGAAAAAGAACGCAUUCAAGAAAUGUGCAUCGACGUCUUGGAGCAUUUGAACACCUCUGCAGAAGGGAUGAGCAAAGCUCUGUGGCCAAGGCUGCUACUCUUUGUGGUGCCAGCUCCAUACACCCCCACUUUGAUCCCCCUCUGCAGAUGUUUGAAGGAGCUGGCCCUCAUCCGGCAGGAUGAAUCGGCGCUUUUCCUCGGAUCGUGCAAAGGAGUCAAUCUUCCAAGCGCCCAAGGAAUAGUUGCAAGGCUUCUGGUCUUGGCCUCAAAUCCCGGCCCAAGAGGAGCCUGGGCCCUGCAACUGCUACACGCCCUGCACUGCAACAUCCACACCGCCAUAAGGAAGCUGUGGGCAAAACAACUCCCAUUCCUUUUGAAAUCCUUCCAAGGUAAGGACCCUGAGGUCAGCAGCUAUGAAUGGGAGCAGAAUCUGCUGCAGUUUCUGAGAAGGUCGCUGGAGACCAUUGAUGAUAGCACUUGGAUCCAGAAUCUGACCCGAGAAUUGGACAACCAGAUGGAUAGUUAUGCUGAUCAGUCGACUGAAAAGAGUUUCCUGUAUAAAUCUUUGGGCAUUUCACUGACCAGCUGUGAGGAUCAGGUCUUUGUUCAGAGCCGGAUUCAGCAUUUGGUGGAGAACACCGAUUAUAUGGAAGCAGCAGAGAGAGAGAAAGUCGUCGAGAUCCUCUCUUUUUCUGCCAUCGGCCAUUUGGACCUCACGUUGGCCACGCUGCAUGAAUUUGGAGCUGGGAUGUGUCUGAAAAUGAAGGUGUCUGCAAUCAUCAGUCGCUAUAAGGACUACCACAAAGGCCGACGAGGCCACGUCCACCAAACCCUCAUGCUCACCUAUGGCAAAGUGGCUCUCCACGCCCCCAAGGAGCUCCUGUUCCUCAGGGUGGAGACCGACAUCAUGACCAGAGUCCUCUAUCAUUACCGGAACAGCUGCCAGGUGCUGGGUGUCAACAUUGAAAACAGGGACAUGAAUCUCAAGCUGGCCCUGGUUCAGAGCACGAGUGACAUCUGCCAUGCCAUCCAUGAGACCCGGGAUGUCCAGGACUUCAAGUUAACUUGCAAGAAAGAACUUCUUGAUAUCUUGUUGGAUUUCAUCAGGGAGGAGCCACUGGUGUCUCUCGAGAGCCCGCUUCGUUCCAAAGCCAUCACGGCCAUUGCGUCCCUAAGCAAACUGAAGCCACAGUUGACCAUGGAGGACAUUCGCAACCUCCUCGAUCAAAGCAUCAAAAGUCUGUUCCCGCUUCCAUCCCUGGAGCAGCUGAAAGAGAAAGGGGAGACAGAGAGCGAUGCUCUGUGCAUAGAGUCGCUGUACACUUGCUCCAUGGAUGCCUUUGGGAAACUCAUCAAGAGCAUCACUGAAGAACACCCAACCUCUGAGCUGUUGGACGAAAUGUUCCAGCUGAUAGACCCCUGGUUUACCGAAACUGAAUGCAGCAGAGAGAGAGCUCUGCAGGCCACCUUCCAGGUACUCGCUGCCUUUCAAGAGAAUGUCCACCUCUCUGAUGGAGAAAAUUUUCAACAGUUUGGGUCUCGGGUUGCGUUCCUUGCCCCGUACACCUGUGAUGAUUCCAUCAGAUGUCGGAAAUGGGCGGCCCAGUGUAUCAUUUGCCUUAUGCACAUACAAGCUCAGGCAAGAAUCACAAGUGUAGAAGAAAAAGAAAUGUCAUCUGUCUGUACCGAUCUACAGACUGACGUUCCUGGUGAUCUCUUCAGAGCAUCAUCCAGAAUGGCCAAGAUGGUCAGUGCCUAUUUCCCACCAGACCAAGCCCUGGACUUCAUCGAGGCCAUCUUAGAAGACCUGGUGUCCGGAAACGAAAAGUGUGCCAUUGCUGCUGGCCGCUGGCUACUCACCCUCCUCCAAGACUGUGGUAAAGCGUUGGAAGCACAGAUAUCGGCGAUCCUGGAUAUAUUCUACAGCCGCUUGCCUACCAUCAAGCAGGACGAUUUGCGGCAGGUCCUGGUGGGCGCUGUGUCCAUCGUGGCCCAUUAUCACUUGGAGGCCGUAUUCAACAGCCUCCUAGGCCGGCGCCUUCCAAUGGACAGUGAGACGGGUGAACUCUGGAGGUCUCUCGGCAGUAGUGACCCUUCCUUGGCCUCGUUCAUCCUCCACAAGUUGGCAGCCAGGAUAACACAGCCCACCAUCCUCAGCACCCCUUCGCAGACCAGCAUGGAAGAGACUGAGGAGUUGGCUGAUGAAGAACCCCUCAUAGCCACUUGUGCCGUCUACGAAGUCCUGUCUGUGGUGAAAGUUGAGAAAGUCAUUGAGGAGGAGUUCCCAGAGCUGUUUUGUGCCCUCCUGUGGCAGGUCAGCAAAACGCUGGGACAGAAGAUGCCAUUUCACGAGGGCCGCCGGAGGCUCUUCCUAAGAGAACAGCGUGUGUCUGAGGGCAACCCUUGCAGACUUUCUGUGGCAAGCCUGAAGGCUCUGGUGUUGAAGGUUACCUGUGACCCGUCACUAGCGGAAAUUGGAGACGUGAAUACCUGGGCUUUACUCAGGGAUCCCAGAGCCCACCAGAAAGGUGUUUGUCUGCUGACCAGCCAUUUGCUUCAGAAUAGAUGUCUUGGCCACGGGAUCACGCAGACCAUCCUCCCCUGGAUGACUUCAGGGUCAAAGAAGCUUCAACUAACAGGAAUCGCCUUCUUUACUGAGGUGAUUCAUGAUCCCAUGUUCGGGGAGAGGGAGCAGCUGAAAUCUUUCCUUCCUAUCCUGAUGGAGAGAGCAGGAGACCAGCACCAUGGCAUCCGGCAGAUGGCAAUAAAAGCCCUUGGGAACGUUCUCCUCGCGGCUCCUGACAAGGUGAAAGAGAAGAAGAAGGCCAUCGCGGCUAUUUUCCUUGGUGCUUUGUACGACGCCCACAUAGCGCUAGAGGGUCUCACCAUGCUUGCUCAGGUUUUUCCUUUCCUGAAGGGGAAGGACGUGGGGUUCCUCUUCAACGACAUCUCCAUGAAGACCAUCACUUACCUGGCUGAUGACAAUUCCGAGCUUCGCGGAGCUGCACUGCGUCUCUUUGGCAUCCUGGCUGGUUGGACAACGUUCAGAUACAAAGCCUUUUUCGGUGAGCAAGUCAAGAAGAAUUUGGUGCCACUUCUCAUUCAUCAACAUGACCCCAGUCCCAAAGUGUCUGAGGCGUGCAGAGCUGCCUUUCUGCAGUCGGUGAGGUUUUUGGCAAAGAAGAAACUGAGGGUCCAUAUUGAAGAACUGUACCGUUCCACCAGCCUGAGCCUCCCAAAUCUGCACAUGCACCUGUGCAGGCAGCUGGUUAAUAUCAACCCAGAGAUGAAAGCAGAGCUGCUGAACAAGGCAGUGACGUAUUUCCAAAGCAGCUGUGAAGAGAUCCGAACAAGAGCUCUUGAAUUAUCAGGAAUAAUUCUGGAAAGCAUGCAGAUUGCAGACCUCGAUGAAGCCACGCGUCAACUUCUGCUGACCUCUCUUGAGAGGCUUCAGGAGGACCCCAGCAAUGGCCUUCAACAGGCAGCUGCUGAUUUGAAAACCUAUGUCUUCAAGAAGUGGGGCAGAGAACUACCUAGAAGAAAAGAAGCCCUUAUCGGUGAUCCCACCAACGCAACUCAAAUGCUUGGCCCAUACUGCGUGCCCCGACCUGGCACAAUCCUGGAAGCCACAUCCGUCCAGGACUUGUAUGAGUAACAUUUCCCCUGUGAGUAUCGUUGCCACGUCCAAGACUAAUAAAUGGCCUAGAA